CACGGAAACAUAAAUACAAGGGAUGCAAUGCCACUCACCAACAACCUUCAGAUUGAGCUCUUUGAUGUCUGGGGAAUAGACUACAUGGGUCCAUUUCCUCCAUCAAAGAAGUGCGAGUACAUCUUGGUGGCAGUUAACUAUGUCUCCAAGUGGGUAGAAGCAUUACCUUGCAAGCAUGCCGACAACGUCAGUUCAAAGAGGAUGUUUGAAGAAAUUAUAUUUCCAAGAUUUGGAGUUCCCAGAGUACUGAUAAGUGAUGGAGGAGCACACUUCAUCGACAAACGCUUCAAGCAAUAUCUAUCAAGACAUGGAAUCCGUCACAACGUCGCUACCCCCUAUCAUCCUCAGACAAGUGGCCAAGCAGAGACUUCCAACAAACAAAUCAAGAAUAUUCUUCAGAAGAAAGUAAAUGAAAUGGGAACGGUGUGGAAAGACAAGUUACCUGAUGCACUCUGGGCAUACCGGACAACAUACAAGACCCCAAUUGGGAUGUCUCCAUACCAAUUGGUAUACGGGAAGACUUGCCAUCUACCUGUUGAACUAGAGUUCAAAGCACACUGGGCCAUAAAGAGAUGGAAUAUGGACCUAGAUGUUGCUGGAGAUUGUAGAAGAAUGCAACUAUCAGGAUUGGAAGAAUGGCGAGAGAAGGCAUAUCACAAUUCAAAGAUCUACAAAGAAAGAGUCAAGAGGUGGCAUGACAAGAGAAUCAAGAAGAAGGAGUUCACACCCGGAGAUAAGGUAUUACUUUUUAAUUCCAGGGUGAAGCUUUUCGUGCAUGGAAAACUCCGAAGCAAAUGGGAAGGA